AUGUAUGACAGCGACCACCUACCGAUUCUUAUGACCCUGCUCUCCACCAAGACUCUAUCUACAUCUACCACCCCCAGAUGGUUGUUAAAAAACCCAGACUGGGGAUUCUUUUCCAAUCUAGUUGACACUUUCAUGGUGGAGAACACACAGUCGGAUUCCACCCCAAUUGACGAUGACAUCUCGUUUAUCUCCGACUCCAUUACCAGGGCCGCAGAAAUUUCAAUAGGAAAAUCCACAAACCUGCGUAAGAAGAACCAAGUACCCUGGUGGAACGAUGAAAUAAAGGACUCAAUCAAAAAAAAGAACUUAGCACUUAAAACAUUCCAAAUCUCAAAAAGCACCUCUGACUAUAUAAAACUGAAACAACUCAGAGCUAAAACCCGUUACCUCGUUAAAAGCGGCAAGGCCAAAUCUUGGAAAUCGUUCUCCUCCGGUCUGGGGCCCAAGACGGACCCAUCCACAAUUUGGCGCAGAGUAAGGGCAAUCCAUGGGCACCCCAAGAACCACCACAUACAGAUCAUGAAAGACACAGAAUCAUGUACUGACCCCGACGAAAUACCCAACCUCUUCGGUGAACUCUUCUAUCUAAAUAGUUCGGACGAAAACUACAAUGCAACGUUCCUUAAUAACAACAUCCACAUGAGAAACCAACACUAUACAUCCUGCAUUAACCCCAAUCUAGACGAGCAGACAAAACUCAACUCCCCAAUCCAACUAGCUGAAAUGGUCAGAGCUACAUCAAAAUGCUCCAGUCUCGCCCCAGGACCAGAUGGGAUACCGUAUUGCUUCAUCCAUAACCUACCCAUUUCCGCCCUGGAGUCAAUCGUCAUGAUAUUCAAUAAAAUAUGGUCAUCCGGAGCAAUACCUAAAAAAUGGAAACACGCUAUAGUCAUUCCGAUACCCAAACCAAACAAAAACAAAUUUGAAACCAAAUCAUAUAGACCAAUAUCACUCCUCAAUACCAUGGUUAAAAUUUUGGAAAAAAUCAUCGAUUCCAGACUUAGAUGGUUUCUAGAAAAAAACAAUCUGCUCGAUCCUCGCCAGAACGGCUUUCGUAGACAUAGAAGUACAAGCAACACACUACAUGAUAUACAAGCGGAAAUCCAUUCCACUCUCGAGACGAAACAAGUGAUGGGCCUCAUAGCCCUCGACAUAUCCAAAGCUUACGAUACUGCAUGGCGUCCUCGCAUAUUAAAAAUCCUGUCAAAUAUCAUAUCUAUUGACAAAUUAUUCAAUUUCAUAAAGAACUUCCUGACCGACAGAACCUUUCAAGUUAGGUGCAACGGCAAAUCAUCCAAAUUAUACACACAACACAACGGCGUACCCCAAGGUUCCACUCUAUCGGUAUCUUUAUUUCUUCUAGCAAUCAAUGAUAUACCACAAGCUAUAGCACCCCCCGUAAAAUGUACACUGUUCGCUGAUGACUUCAACUUUUUCUGUAGAAGCACCAGUCCCAAGACAACUAUAACACACUUGCAGGACACGCUAACAACACUGCAGGACUGGUCACUCGUAUCUGGUUUCUCCUUUUCGGUUGAAAAAUCCCAGUGCACUUUUUUCACCAACAAAAGAAACAUUGGUAUCACCACUAUAACAAUGAACAACAUACACAUCCCCAUCAAAAAGUCCAUAAAAAUAUUAGGUAUACUGUUCGACUCAAAAAACACAUGGAUACCUCAUCUCAAAGCUAUCCGAAAGGAGUCGCUCAUAAGAAUCAACACUCUGAAAUGCUUCGCUCACAAGUCAUGGGGUAGCCACUCUUCCAGCCUACUACAAAUAUACAAGGCACUCAUCCUAUCUAAGCUCGAAUACAAUUCUUUUCUGUUCAUAAAAGCUAAGCCAUCUGCACUCAAAAUGAUAGACACCGUUCACAACACAGGCUUAAGACUAGUCACCGGAGCUUUUCGCUCCAGCCCAAUCCCCAGCGUCCUCAACAUAGCCGGAGUCGCACCACUCGACAUCAGGAGGGUACACAGCACCAUGUUGCUUGCAAUCAGACGCACCCAAAACAAUCUCAAAGUAGCGAAACAAAUCACGGACUCCCUAAAUGAUACCCAUUUCCCGCACCUAGAUGUUAUUAAAAAUGAAACCCCUCUGACGGCCCCCUGGCUAUUCAACAACCAUGUAAACAGUGAACUUAGCGAACUAGUUAAGAAUGAUACCUCACCCAUAGUUUUUAACCAACAUCUACAAUCAAUCACCUCCGAUCUCUGCGACCACACUGAAAUAUUCACCGACGGCUCCAAAACGGAUAUCGGUGUUGGAGCUGCAGUAGUAGUUAAAGACCACGUAUCAAUGCUGAGACUCCCUAAUUUCUGCUCAAUAUACUCAGCGGAGGCAACGGCAAUUUCUUACGCCCUAGACCUCAUCAAAACAAGACGCAUACUCAAAGCAGCUAUUCUAAGCUACUCGCUAAGCUCUUUAAGGAGCAUAGAAAACCCCUUCACUCCAAACGAAAUCGCCAGAAAAAUUCAGAAUCAACUGCAUAACCUCACAAGUUCCGGAUACUCCAUAAUCUUGAUAUGGAUACCCAGUCAUAGUCAAAUCACGGGAAACGAGAGAGCCGAUGAAAACGCUCGCCAAGCAAUAACAUCCCCGGACGCUAUAAAACUUAAUGCCUUUACUCUACACGACGCUAAAUCUCUAUCUAAAACAAUCACAAACAACUUAUGGCUCCGGACUUGGAGACUAGGUUCUACAAAACUAAACGAGAUCAAACACACCACCCUAACAUGGCCCUCUCCAUCGAACACAUCCAGGAAAAUAGAGACGGCAAUCAACAGAAUGCGAAUCGGACACACAGCGCUAACCCACCAGCAUCUGAUGAGGAAGGAAGACCCCCCCAUGUGUACAAGCUGCGGCACCCAGCUCACAAUCAAGCAUAUUAUAUCUGAAUGCCGCCAAUUUGAGAGAGAAAAACGGGAAGCAGGAGUUUCAUACAUUCUCGCCGAAGCCCUUCAGCCAGCCAACAUCCAGAACACGAUAUCAUUUAUAAUCAAUUAUAAUUUAAUCAACCUACUGUAA